AGGGACGUCAUGCAGGAGAACUACGAGGCGGUGACCUCGCUGGGGUUUCCCGUUCCCAAACCUGAGCUGAUCGCCCGGCUGGAACGAGGGGAAGAGCCCUGGGUGCCCGACCUCCAGGCCGGGGAGGAAAGAGAGAUCCUGAGAGGCACCUACAGAGCAGGUGUUCAGACAGUGCAUAUAAAGGAGGAAGAGUCUCAAGAUGAGGAAGAUUCAGGGGAGAUGGAACCGCAGGCGACCUUUGUGGGAAGAGCUGAAGGGAAUGUUUCCCAGUGCCUGGAACAGGGAGACGCCUGGGGAAACUGGCCCAGACCGGAGAGGCUUCUGGGACAUUACUCAACUGAGCAAAUGGAUGAAUCUGUUAAAUGCGGAGAAGGACACAAGGAUCCCACCGCCCAGCAGACAAACCUCAAGGAAGAGAAACACCAGGAAUGGCUCGGUUAUGGGAAGGGAUUUUUUGUGAGCCCAGAGCUUAUUACAAUGCAGACAGUGGAUACCGGGUUUCCCGUUCCCAAACCUGAGCUGAUCGCCCGGCUGGAACGAGGGGAAGAGCCCUGGGCGCCCGACCUCCAGGCCAGCGAGGAAAGAGAGAUCCUGAGAGGCACCCGCACAGGUGAUGGGAUAGUGAGUGAGAAUGAAGAGGGGAAUCAGCAGCAGGAAGUUCCUGGGGAAACGGAAUCGCAGGCGACCUUUGUGGGAAGAGCUGAAGGGAAUGUUUCCCAGUGCUUGGAACAGGGAGAAGCCUGGGGAAACUGGAGCAGGCUGGGGAAGCUGCUGGGAAACGACCCAAGUGAGCAAAUGGAUGAUUCUGUUAAAUGUGGGGAAGGACACAAACAUCCCACAGCCCCGCAGACGAACCCCAAGGAAGAGAAACACCAGGAAUGGCUCAGUUAUAGGAAGGGAUUUGUUGUGACCCCAGAGCUUAUUACAAUGCAGACAGUAGGUACUGUAGAGAAAUCACUUCUGUGCUUGGACCAUGGGGAAAGCAUCAAUAACAGCUCAGAUCUUAAUACUGACAGGGGAAGCCAAAUGGGAGAGAGAGGCUCUCAGUGCCCUGACAGAGGGACGUCCUUGAAUUGGAACCCAGCCCUGAGUAUACAUGAGACAAGCCAUUCAGAAGAGAGACCCUAUAAAUGUUUAAACUGUGGAAAAAGUUUCAUAUACAGGUCAUAUCUUGUUAUCCAUCAAAGAAUCCACACAGGAGACAGACCCCAUAAAUGCUUAGACUGUGGGAAAAGUUUCAUACAAAGGUCAGACCUCACUAAACAUCAGGCAGUGCACACAGGAGAGAGACCCCAUAAGUGCUUAGACUGUGGGAGAAGUUACAUACAGAGGUCAAUCCUUGUUCAACAUCAGAAAAUCCACACUGGAGACAGACCCCAUAAGUGCUUAGACUGUGGGAAAUCUUUUAUACGGAAGUCAUAUCUUGUUACUCAUCAGAAAAUCCAUACAGGAGAGAAAUCCAAUAAGUGUUUAGACUGCGGCAAAAGUUUCCUACAGCGGUCAAGCCUUGUUCUACAUCAGAAAAUCCACACCGGAGACAGACCCCAUAAGUGCUUAGAUUGCGGAAAAAGUUUCAUACAAAGGUCACAGCUUACUAAUCAUCAGGCAAUCCACACAGGAGAGAAAUCCAAUAAUUGCUUAGACUGUGGCAAAAGAUUCCGACAGAAGUCAAGCCUUAUUCGACAUCAGAAAAUCCACACUGGGGACAGACCCCAUAAUUGUUUAGACUGUGGGAAAAGUUUCAUAGAGAGGUCACAGCUUGUAGCACAUGAGAAAGUCCACAGCGGGAACAGACCACAUAAGUGCUUAGAUUGUGGGAAAAGUUUUAUACAGAGGUCACACCUUACUAAACAUGAGGCCAUCCACACAGGAGAGAAACCUCAUAAGUGCUUAGACUGUGGCAAACGUUUCAGGGAGAGGUCAUUUCUCAUGAAACAUCAAGCAAUCCACACAGGAGAGAAAUCUUAUAAUUGCUUAGAUUGUGGAAAAUGUUUCAUACAGAGGUCAAGCCUUAUUGGACAUCGGAAAAUACACACAGGAAACAGACCCCAUGAGUGCUCAGACUGUGGGAAAAGUUUCAUAUGGCGGUCACAUCUUGUUGCACAUCAGAAAAUCCACAGAGGGGACAGAUCCUAUCAGUGCUUAGACUGUGGAAAAAGUUUCAUACAGAGUUCACACCUUACGAAACAUCAGGCAAUUCACACAGGAGAGAGGCCCCAUAAGUGCUUGGACUGUGGGAAAAGUUACAUACAUAAGUCAGGCCUUGUUCAACAUCAGAAAAUCCACACAGGCGGGAGACCCCAUCAGUGCUCUGACUGUGGAAAAAGUUUUAUAUACAGGUCAGUCCUUCUUCGUCAUCAGGCAAUUCACAGAGGCGAGCGCUCCCAGAAGUGCUUGGACUGUGGAGAAAAUUUCAUACAGAGGUCAGACCUCAUUAAACAUCAGGAUAUCCACAUAGGACACAAAAACUAUAAGUGUUAAACUUAAAAAAAAUCAUGGUGAACUCAGAUGUUGUUAAACAACAGGAAAACCUGUUUAAGGAGAGACACCCCAUGAGUGUCUAGACUGCUGGAAAUGUUUCAGAUGGAGGUCAGAGGUUUGGAAACAGCAAGCACUCCACAGAGGACAGAGACUGCAUAAUUUUUUGGACUGUGGGACAAUGUUCACCAGAAGAUCAAGUCUGGUAAUACAUCAGGGGUUCUGCAUAGGAGAGAAGACCCCAAGAGUGAUUGGACCAUGAAGAAUGUUUUACACAGAGGUCAAGUGUGAACCUGUGAGCGCUCGCUUGGGCUGAGGGAAAGGUUUCAGAAACAGAUCAGCCCUUCUCCACAUUAGGCUGUCCACACUGAAGAGAGAAUCUGUAAGUGCUUAAACUGUGGGAUAAAUUUGAGAAUCUCUGUUUUACAUGAGAGAAUUCACACAACUGUGAGACCCCUUUAGUGCCUAGAGUGUGAGAAAUGUUCCUCACAGAGAUCAUCUACUGUAACACAUCAGGUAAUCCACAUGGGAAAGAGACUUUAUAAACCCCUGGGCUAUGGGAAAAGAUACAAAUCAACUCAGCUCUUGUUUUACAUCAAAGAAUCCAUACUUGAGAAAGACCUUAUGAAUGCUUAGACUUUGGCAAAUAUUGCACCAAUAGCUCUCACUUUAUUAAAAAAUGGAAAUUCACAUGCAAUCUAAACUUUUGUGACCCAUGGUCCAAAAGGGUUGAGAACCUGGGAGGCUAAUUGACCUGGAUUCAAACUUUAGAGACAUGUCCAUCAAGUGUGUAUUUGAAGCCAUUGCGUGGGAGAUGGACUAGAACUUUUAAAUAUAAACUUGUCUUUUUAAAAAAUUGGGAAAAGAUAUUAGCGCUGUUGAUUACUUGCUGCUAAGUCACAUGAUUAACUCAAAAAUUGAUCAUAGUUAGAAAACAAUCUCAGUGAAUCAUAUUGUUGUAUACAGUCGAAUACAAGUUGAAAUUUCUCCAAUAU